AUGGACAACGCCGGUGUGAACGAACAUGUCGAAUAUGUCCAGAUGCUAUGUAAGCGAAUACUUUCGUUUUUGCCCAACCGUACUGGCCAUUCCGUCGACGAAAUCGAAAUGAACACUCAAUUCAUCACCACCAAGAAACUCUUGCUGGAAACCCAGGCCAAUUUCCCCGAAGUGGUGUCGUACAUCAUCUACUGCUGUCUGAAUCAACUCUCCAACAUCGCCGAAUCCGACACCAAGCUCAAGAACCGCGACGAGCGCCUGGUCACCACCACUUACAUGCUCACAAAGUUAUUGGCGGAGAUGCUUAAGGAAAACUGGCAUCGGCAAACGACAGUGUUCACUCUGAUUGUGGAUUUCGAGAUCGUCCUGAACUACCUGCGUUUCUCUUACUAUGACAAACCGAGCCCCAUUCAACCGCCGCUGCUUGUCGCCGAAAUCCUCGACACAUUUGUCCAGUUGAUGUCUCUGCGACCGGUCCGUCAAGUGUUUGGGCUACUAAAAGAGGAUUCGCUGUCGCUGCUGCUGUCGCUGGCUCCGAAUGUCCCUCUGACACCGCUGCUGAUAACGCUGGCCCCUACAACCCCUUCGGUGCCCAAACCACUGCCAUUAGCAAACAUUGGUAGCAUGGGUUUUGGUAGUUCAGAAAACUCCCGUGAAGUGUACCCGCUGGCUAUUGGAACCGCCGCUGGAGUUGGUGGCUUUCCCGAUCUCCUGCUGCCACUGUCACGAAAUCAAUCAACACAGCUAGCGCUGCCUAACGUAAUGUUUUCAGAAGUGCUGAGGAUCGACAGUUACAUCACAGAAAUCGAUAACAAUCUCGAGCUCAUCUUACGUUACAUUGCCCUGGCUAAUCCUGCCGAAUAUUACCAAUACCUCCAUCAACGACUUUUGAUGGAUAAGGGUUCUGAUACCAUGAUAACUGAAGAUGUACUCAAAAUUUACUGUCCUUUAGUUAAGUUUAUGUUUUUCUCCAAGGGUAACCUGAGACAAGCAGGGGUGGAUAAUUUCAGUGCCGUGAACAGAAUUAAGAGUACGCGAUGGAAGUUGACCUACCUCACGUUUACUGCGAUCAACGUGCGCAACCAAACCUUCUGUCGACCACAAGAUUUCGCCGAUAUCGUCACUAUGGAGAUCGAGGAGGUAUGUCGAGAUAUUUUUGAUUUCGCUUAUUCUCUCAACGACCUGCGAGAUUUGUCAGUGCUGAAGCGACUGAUGUAUUUUAUCCAGACGUGGUUCCUCAUUUUGUGUCCAUCAGAAUUUUCCGAGUUUAUUCUGUCUAAGCCAAAGCUCCGGCCGAAUAAACGCUUGAAAUUCUUGGCAGCCCUCGUCCGUGAUGCUCAUGCUCGCAAGCUGAUCGAGCCGUUCCUGGCAAUUGUCAAUAUUUUUCACGUUGGCGCUCGUCUACCACCGACUCACCCAAUUGCCCAAUUCACUAAGAAGUACUUAGACCAAGUUUAUGACUUACUCACAACCUUUCCUCAUGAGUCAACCUUGGACAAUCGCUAUGAAAAUUGUUUAGUGCUGUUGUAUCUUGCGGCGCUCAUGGUGCUGCCACAGGCUUACAUGAAGUUGAUAAUCCAAAAGUUCAUCGACUACAAGGACAAUGUCAAGGAGGUCAAGAUUCUCGUGAAAAUCAUAAAAGGGGUACUGGUUCUGGAUGGACCGGCAUUUAUGCAGUUGAUGAAAACACUCGCGAUCCCUCUCAAGCUGAUGAUUUUCCGACUGGAGCUGAUGUUUGGGCCCGACGCUGCUCAAGCUUCAAAAGAGCAACUGAAGUUGUUACAAACGAGUUUGGACCAGUACCUGGAUAUGCCGCUGCUGGCACUGAUCAAUUCCAAUAAACCAUUGAACAAUGCUGAGGAGAUGCUUGCCAUAUUGUUCCAAGUUUUUACUGCGGCUCCAGAGUUAUACUUCCAAGACCCUAAUGCCUCUGAGCUCACGUCAAUUAAUGAGUCCACCAUUAGUGCCAUGAGUCUGUACGCGCAUGAUGUCACUAAUCCUCUCAAACAAGCAUUCACCAAGCUGACAACUUUAUUUCAAGCUGCUUGUGAUUUGGCAUUGAAGUCGGUGGAAUUAAAGGCAACGAACGAGUUCGUGGAGGUUCUGAACUUCUUGGUCACCAAUUUGGUGGUUCAACUGCUCUGCGAAGCAGGUUUACUGCUUUCAAUCAAUGACCCCAAAUUCAAAGCUCUGUUUGUGUUCAUCAACGAGUUUAUGGCUAAGCGUGAACCCCUCGCCCAAGCAAUCGAGAAGAAUAGGGUUGCGCAGGACCCUCAGGUAAACAAGGUGAUUCAUUCAGGGUUAUGUUCAGCCCUUGAGCAGAUUCUCCUUGUAUCCCUUUGCACGCAUGACAUCCAAUUCUACAAUAUUGCUAAAAGCACAAUGCGUUGGUACAUCCAGGAGUGCAAGAGACUGUGCAACUGCCAGUUGAGACCAACUUUUGAGCGCAUCAUAAACGAAAAUGCUGUAUUCACUGGGUUUGUACUGCUUCAUAAGAAGUUUAAGUCGAUCUUACGCGAGGCUUACCCGACUGAACUGUUAUACCAGGUGUGGCUUGUCAUCUAUCAGCGUUGGCGGGAACUUUUGGAAAACAAGCUGAUUAUCAAUGAUGAAAAUUUGGUCUUCAGACACUUUACUGGUUUUCUUGUGCUGACUCUGGGUUGCUUUGUAAGUCAGGAGUUCGACUCGCGAGCCCUAGUAUACAUUCUGGAGUUUUUUGAUAAGUGUAUUGGGCUUCUCAUGCUGAAGGAUCUUGUCAUUAGAGUGGUGAUUAAGGAGACACUUCUGGCCGAAGCUCAUAUCCACACCUACCACUUGAUUAUCAGCAAACUCAUUGGACUCGCCGAGCACUACACUCAGAGCAAGAUUUUCACCGAGGAUUCGAUGUUGUUCAUUGAACAGCUGUUAGUGAUUAUGCUGCUGAUGAUUGGUUUGCGCAACGAGGGACUGUUCUUGAUAAUAUCAUUGCUCCCCGAGUUUUUGCUGGUGGUAUUCAGGUAUGUUGAAAACGUCACCGAUCCUCUGGAGCGGAUGAGACUCAAGCUUCGUUUUUGCCGUCUCGGCUGUUCUGUCGAACUGGCAAAGCGUGAUUUCGGCAUACUAGGGCUGAAUCACUUGCGGAACCGGUGGGCCAAAAGACUGGCGGACUGGUUGGAGGAUGCUCUUUUCCAUACUGCCGAAGAUGGUGAUGAUGAGCUCAUCUACAUGAACGCCGAUUUUGCUACCCAGUGCCUGAAGGUUUUGGCGCUUCAGCUCGAAGAAUUGGUGUUAGAGGUACCCGAUGGCAUUAAAGAACUGGAACAACGAAAGUACAAGGACUUGGCGUUUGGUAACUUCUUUUCCUUGUUUUACAAGAUCAUUCAGAAGUACACCACUGACUCGCCUAAUCGCCACAAGUACAAAUUUCACUUGAUCGCCGAUAACGUGCUCAAAUGUAUCUCCAAUGUUUUACAGCUGGAUACUGACAUUGGCAUGCAGUUUGUCUUGCCCCUUGGCUACCACCUGAAUACUAAGAUUCGAGCUUUAUUUCUUAACGUGUUCUCCUGGAUGUUAACGCUGCGUCAAAUCCGCAUGCAGCGAGAGGAAUUUCCAGAAGAUACCAUCUACCGGUUGACGGGGCUGGCGAUCGUGUACGGGGCGGUGGCUAGAGUUGCUCUGCUGACAGAGCACAAUUUGUUGGCCCUGGCGCUCUAUGGGGUAUUUAGCUACACCCGCCAACUUGACAUGUUGUUUGAUGUGCUUUUGCAUGACGAGAUCAUUACGAAUUGUCAACGGCUGGUGGAUAUCUUCCGCCGAAACUCUACUAUCACUAGACUUUUGCUGACGUUCGCCAAGGAUGCGGGACUGGCUUAUCUCCAAGACGUGAUUGCUCCGUUCAUAAAUGAAUUGUUGGUCAAAGACAUCACAUUUGAGGUGGAAAAGGUAGUUGAUGUUGAUGAAAAGGCCCAACAAGAUGCAUUGGUGUUUAUGCAAUACUUUGAGCAAUUAGUCGACCGAAUUGUGAGCACUAAGGUACCUGCGCUGAUUCAGUUCGUGUGUCAUGCAAUCCUGAAAGUUGUUUUAGAGAAGUUUGAAGACGCUCUGUUGGUUGCCGUGGGACUGUUUAUCUUCUUGCGGUUCCUUUGCCCCGCGAUUGUGUCGCCCGAACUGUUCGUCAACAUCAGCGUCACUGACGCUCGCACGAAGCGAAGCUUAAUGCAGUUAGUUAAGGUUUUGCAAAAUGUGGCUAAUGACCUGUUGCUGCUUCUCAAAUGGCCGGCGCUUGCACCCCAUCAGGCGUCACUUUUUGCCAUCAAGGAAAAAGUGUAUCAGUUUUUGCAGCAGGUACUGGGCCCGGUCUCUGGGUAUCCAUUCGAAGCGGUAUCUCAGAAGCCGUUGGCAGAGUUGCGUUACUUACACAAAUUCCUCUAUCACAACUAUCUGCAGAUUCGUUCGAAGUUUUUGCUAGGCGAUCCCUAUCAAGAAGUCUUGCAUUUGCAAAAGAAGAUCAAUGCCUGGUGUCAGGUUGAUGGAGUGAUGCUGGAGCUUCGCUUACCUAAGCCCAAUGUCAAACUUCAAAUCACUCUGGCGUACAGACAAGUGGACCAAAACGCUCAACUGAACGCCUAUAAUGAUUUCAUGGCAAAGAUGCUGUUGACUUAUGUUGAGAAGGCUCUCGAUCUGGUGAUUAUUCGCAACCUGAUCUUCCAUGAUGGCACUCCUGUGGUGGUCUUACUGUUCCGGUACAUGUUCCUGAUCGGGCAGGAUAUCCAGUUCAUGAUCUACAAGUUAUUUGAAUGUGCAGCUCAAGUUUGGGACAACCAGUUCUACAUGGUGUAUGACUUCACUGAGUACGAAUUCCGCGUUGAUGAUAUCCGCUAUUACUGCCUGAUUUUCAUGGAGUAUGCUCCUGUCCAGAUGAUCCACAAUUGUAAGCGGGUUUACUACUUCAAUAUCCCGGUGAGAUUUGCCCACGAGACGGCAGCUGCUACUCUCAGCGUGCGCCGUGACCGCAAUGAGUUUAACACUCAAUUGUAUGCUUACUCCCAAGUCGAUAAAAAGGAAAUCAUCAACAAUUUGUGUCUUGAUACACUCACAGUGCUGGUUCUGCGCGAUGUUCGGGUCCUGUUUAGUGAUUGCCAACUUGUCAUUUCGGAUACUAGGGUGGUUCCCGUACUGGUGCGAUUAGGCAGAGAAUGGCUUCAGAUUUGCCUGGAGGAACGCAUCGAAUACUCAAGAGCCAAUCUGACCACUCCUUACUUUUAUCCAGUUGAGGUGUAUCGCUUGAGUAAAAUCACCAAAUGUGAAGUAAGCGAUGGUCAUGAAAAUGAGUUCACUAUCUGGUUAGAGAAUAGCCAGCUUGUGUUGAGACUGCCGGAACGGGCUGAAAUCAUGCGCUUCCUCUACUUUUCCACUCUGAGAUUGGCGAAAAAUCAUGAUUAUUUGAUCCGUGACCAUGAGUUGGGAGAACACUUCAUGCCAUGGUUUGGUCGGUUGUACAAUAUCGUAUUCCAAGGGCUUCUUCUGAAGGAUACUGAGGUGAGACAGGCGGCGCUGAAUUUAUUUGCGCUGUUGCUGAACUACUUCAAUAUUGAUUUUGGUCUCAAAACAACCCAUUCGAAGAGUGUGGCGUUGCCUAGUGAUAUCACUCUGUUCGUGGUGACAGUACUGGAGCAUUUGGCGCAAAGCCAACCGAAGAUGACGUUCCGUAUUUUUAAGGCGUUCUUCGACAACUAUGAUAAACUUCCCAACGAAACAAGAUUGCUGAGUAUCAUGGUAUUGCGGCCUUGGGUUGACAAUGUGUUCCGCCAUGUGUUUGUUGGGUAUCUGGAUAACGGCAACGAAAGGGUCGCCGAGAUUGCUCGUCAAUUCUGUCGCAUGACAGUGGCUCAUCAGGAUAACGCCGCCUUCAUGAAUGAUUAUAUUUGGCGUCCGUUAUUCGCUCAAGAACCGUUACUUCCAGUCCUCAUCGAUGAAGUGGUACUGUUUGCCAUCGAUAAUACACUGCACGGGAACUGGGACUUUAUCACCGGGGUAAUCUCUCCGCUGGUAGAAGUUUGUCUGGAGGUUGUUGAUAAACUUCUCAAAUGUGUCACGCAAGCUAAACAAAAUGAUCUGAUGGUGGCGCUGCGACUGAAGUUGUUCGAAAUCAGAGUGCUUGUCAAUAUCUGUGCCCUGCUUUUCUUCAACCUGUACCUGAUGACCCGCUUAUUCUUUGCCGAUAUCUUUUUCCUUGUGACACUUUUCAUUGAUAACGUCUAUCUUGAAUUUGGAGCUGAUUUGCAAAAGCUUGUCAUCAAUAUGAUUCAGCUGUUCUUUCACAAACCAAAGAUCACAGCGAAAGAAGAGAAAUUGGUCGACGAUCUGAUUCAAUAUUUCAGUGAUCAAAGAGCGAAAAUGCUUUUUGGCGUGCUGCGCGACAUCGCAUUGACAGGACAGAUUCUGGACGCCAGUCAGGUUUAUAAUCGGGCUCUAAACUUUGAGACGUUAUGCGACUACUUAGACAACUUCUUACAAGAGAUGGGGUCGACGGCGGACAAACUUGUAUGGCGCCUGAGAUGGGUUUCGAAUGCAAUUGAAGUGGCAACUCUGAUGGACUCUCUUUUCCAAAACCGGGCAUUAAUGAUCGUGGGAAUUUUGCUGAAACAAGGGUGCUCGGACGCGAUGGCUCUGCGCUUCCUUAGGAUUAUCUCGAACGAUGAUCUUAAUGGGCUUGAUGUUACAACAAAUGCCGUUAUAGCUACUCUGAGGAUCAUCCAUGGCUUACCCAAGCACCUGAUAUUGCCGCCUGUGCUUUUGUGGCCACAACUUUGCUUUGGUCUUCUCGACUAUUCUGAAUUGUAUCAGGCGCUGACAAGCAUUCUUGUGGAACUGCUCGCAAAUCUCGUAAUUGAGGAAGGGUACAUUGACAGAGCGUUUGAGCUGAGAAAGCUUCUUGAACCGCUUUAUCUGGAGUUUGCCGAAGCAAAGAAUGUUAUCAUUACCAAGAAAAAUUUCCACUAUCACGUUUUGGUUGUUUUCACGCAGGGCAUGAGAAUCAGUCACUAUAAGAGCACUCUGUUGGAGCUGCUUAAGCUGUACCUCUCCAAGUCAAUCUUGCGGACCAAGAAGCUUGAUCCCUAUUUGGAGGUCGACAAUGAUAUUGACCAUUUAACUUUCAUUGCUUUACUGUCGCUGCUGAUUGAAUUUGCUGAAUUUUUGAACACGGUGGGACUUGGGCAUCUUGAACUCAUUGAUAUUGGUUACCCAUUACCUAAGGUAGUGAUUGAUUUCUUCCUUGCUAACCACGACCCUGCAAGAAUUUGUCUCCUUAUUGCGACUCAAUUGUACUGCGCUGAAACCGUUGACUCGUUGUACAAAUCACGCUUUUUGCCCUUGUACCGUUAUCUUUUGGCGAACAACAAAAACUUGGGUUUCCUCGUGUACCCCACCAUGCGCAAGGCUUUGGAGUGCCUGUUUAUCAACACUACUUCUGACGCCACCAUUGAAAUCAUUGCUGAAAUCAAAAAGAAUGUUCUUGCAUACAGCAUCGACGCCAAGAGAUCACAAGUCGAGAUUGAUAACCUUCUUGAACGCAACCAAUUGCGCUUGCUCAAUCGAGAACACGGUGUACCAAACCCCGAUCUUUGCAGACCAGCGCUAUUCCAAGCUGAAGUUGGUCUGGUGGUGAAAAAUCUCCAGACAAUGGUUUAUCGGGCACUGUGUCUUGUGGUUGAUAAUCAACCCAUCACUGAAGAGUGA